UUCGUCGGUUCCCCCGUACGUCUGGCGCUUGUGGCCAACGACGGCGGGCUGAACGCCACAUUCCCGGAGGCGCACACGUUCUCCGAGUUCUGGCUCACCACCCACCGCCGUCGUGUCUUUUCGCGUGUUUUUUUCCUGGGACCACGCUAGCGUCGAAAAGUCACCGACACUACGAAAAGCGACGCGGAAUGGCGCCUGUCAGGGGGCCCGCAAACAUGAAUGGCCGCAAUACUUCCGCCCCCCCUCGGUCGGACGGACGUUUGUCGCGGCCAAUGAGGAGGCGUUGCCGCCGGCUUUCCGCCAAUCAGGAUGCGGCGUGAAGGAAAAAACGGGCGGGCUCGGCGGGGAGGCUCAUGCUGUCAUACAUGUUCCCGGUGAGAGUGUUUCCUGCACUGGUGCAUGGUGGUCGAACAGGAGGAAUUGUUGGAAAUUUUUUCCCGAGCAGCUGAAGCAUGCUGUUGGCCCAGAUCAACCGGGACUCGCAGGGAAUGACGGAGUUUCACGACGCCGACGGGCAGCCGGUCACGCUCUGUCUGACCGAGGCGGUGGCGGUGGCGGAUGGCGAUCAGAUGGACACCAUGGACACGGUGAGCCUGCAGGCGGUCACUCUGGCAGAUGGCUCCACCGCCUACAUCCAACACGACCCCAAGCCGGCCUUCUCCGACGCACAGAUCAUGGACGGCCAGGUGAUCCAGCUGGAGGACGGCUCGGCCGCCUACGUCCAGCACCUGUCCAUGCCCAAAGCAGGAGGGGAAAGUUUGCAACUGGAAGAUGGACAAGCAGUUCAACUGGAAGACGGAACAACAGCCUAUAUCCACGCACCCAAAGAAACGUACGACCAGGCGAGCCUGCAGGAGGUGCAGCUGGAGGACGGCAGCACGGCGUACAUCCAGCACACGGUGCACAUGCCUCAGUCCAACACCAUCCUGGCCAUCCAGGCGGACGGCACCAUCGCUGACCUGCAGACCGAGGCCAGCGGCAUCGACCCCGAGACCAUCAGCGUGCUGGAGCAGUACACCACCAAGGUGGAAAACAUUGAGAACCCCUUGGUUCCUUUUGGCAGAGUGGAAGCAGACAACGGCUUGCACAUGCGGAUUGUGUUACAGGGUCAGGAGAACAGGACCGCCAGGGUCGCUAAUGUCGGCGAGAAGUCGUUCCGCUGCGAUUACGACGGCUGUGGAAAGUUGUACACCACGGCCCAUCAUCUCAAGGUUCACGAGCGUUCGCACACCGGAGACAAACCGUACAUGUGCGACUAUCCAGGGUGUGGCAAGAAGUUUGCAACCGGGUAUGGACUGAAGAGUCACUCGCGCACCCACACUGGAGAGAAGCCCUACCGAUGUCAGGAGCUCAACUGCUGCAAGUCUUUUAAAACCUCCGGAGACCUUCAGAAGCACACACGCACACACACAGGAGAGAAGCCGUUCAAGUGUCCGGUGGAAGACUGCGGGAGGUCCUUCACCACCUCCAACAUCCGUAAAGUUCACAUCCGCACACACACGGGAGAGCGGCCAUACUACUGCUCUGAGCCCGGCUGUGGGCGUUCCUUCGCCAGCGCCACCAACUACAAGAACCACAUGAGGAUCCACACAGGGGAGAAACCGUACGUGUGCACGGUGCCGGGCUGUGAGAGGCGCUUCACUGAGUACUCCAGCCUUUACAAACACCAUGUGGUCCACACGCCAUGCAAGCCUUACAACUGCAACCACUGUGGGAAGACCUACAAGCAGAUCUCCACGCUGGCCAUGCACAAGCGGACGGCCCACAACGACACGGAGCCCAUCGAGGAGGAGCAGGAGGCCUACUUUGAACCGCCCACAGAUGCCAUCGACGACCCUAACGUGACCUACUCCGCGGUGGUGGUCGGAGGAGAAGACGCCGGCUCCGAACAGGUCCCGGUGGAGAGCUCAGACGUGGUUGGUCAGCAGCACGUCGCCUUGGUAACGGAGGCGGUCGGAACGCAACAGCAGGAAAUGGUCAGUAUCUCUGAAGCCGACUUACAAGCGAUGGGGGGCACUAUCACCAUGGUAACCCAAGAAGGCACCACCAUAACCAUCCCAACCCAUGAACUUACAUCGCAAGGUGGUCAGGUGGCCAUCAUGACACCUGGCAUGACUUCGUUUGAAACUGUGGAGGAGGCUGCCUACAGCCACGAGACUGAAGACCUCCAUCCUGUCACCUUAUUGGCCACCUCCAAUGGCACUCACAUUGCUGUGCAGCUGAGCGAUCAGCCCUCGUUGGAGGAGGCCAUCAGGAUAGCGUCGAGAAUCCAGCAAGGGGAGUCGCCUGGCCUGGAUGAUUGACGGAACACAACGUGGACCAUGACUCGGAUCCGCUCAAGAGUACUUACAAGUCUUCCAUCUCCGCAAAAGAACUUUGUUUUUACGUGUAUAUAGGAUUUUGAUAACUGGACUAUUUUGUCUUGAACCAAACAAAUGGGCGGGGGGGGUGAAGAGACAGAUGCUUUCUAAUGAUUAUGCACAGUGCAGGGUACAGCUAAUACUAUUUCUAAUAAAAUUUAAAA